UUGGGCUUUACCGUUGCGUAAUGAACUAGUUUGAUUCAAAAUUUUAAAUUCUUUCGGUGGGUUUAUAGUCGAGAUUUGAACUAGGGUUUGGUUCUUCUACUCAAUGCUUCAUUGAAUGUCAAUCCAUUUGGGCUUUCUUUUCAUAUAAAAAGCUGAUUUAGAGAGAGAUAGUUAUGGAAGAAGUUAAGGGGUCUGAUGCCGAAGCAGAAAAGGAUGGUGGAGCUUUGAAGUUUGAUGUGAAUAGUGAUAGUGCUGAUCUCAAGCCAGUUUCCCUUCAAGGGAGGAUAACUGGUCCAACAAGACGAUCUUCAAUGGGACGCUGGACAGAGGAAGAGGAUAAAAUUUUGGCCCUUUCGGUCCAAAAGUUCAAAGGAAGAACCUGGAAAAUGAUUGCCGAAAGCAUACCUAAUCGAACAGAUGUUCAGUGUCUUCACCGCUGGCAGAAAGUUCUUCAUCCUGAUCUUGUUAAAGGACCUUGGACCAAAGAGGAAGAUGGAAUUAUCAUUGAGCAGGUUGGGAAACAAGGGAAUACAAAGUGGUCUGAAAUAGCAAAAUAUCUACCAGGCCGCAUAGGCAAGCAAUGCCGAGAAAGGUGGUACAACCAUUUGAAUCCAGGGAUAAACAAAGGUCCAUGGACUGAAAAGGAGGAAUUGGAACUUAUUAGCGCCCACAAAAUAUAUGGGAACAGAUGGGCAGAAAUAGCAAAGAUUCUACAUGGAAGGACUGAAAAUGCCAUAAAAAAUCAUUGGAACUGCUCCAUGAAGAAGAAAUUGAAUUUGUAUUCAACAUCUGGCACUGUUUCGAGUCAUCCUGGAUUCAAUGACUGUGAUAAAGGAUGCGCAAAGUUUGAGCCCAUAAAACAGCAACUUGGCCCACCAUUCUCUUAUGAGCAGAGGAUUGACUAUGAAAGAACGGUGGACACGUCUCUAAAAUUGGUUCUUGGAAAUGGUAAAGGAAGAGGGAAUCAUCCACAAUCUUUCAAGCAAGGAGAUUGUAGAAUUCCUCAAGAGGGUUCAUAUUCAGUAACCCCUCCAUUUAGGGCACAUGGCUGGAUUGGCGAACAAUGCCAAGAUGGGAAUAACAACGUUAAAAACUCAGGCAACCCACAUCAGAUAAUUGCUAACCAGCCCAAUGCUCAUGUGAAUCCCUUGAGUUCAUAUAAGCAUACCUGUAGUUCCUGGAGUUCAUUUAAGCACACCCAAAACCCCUUGAGUUCGAAUCCUCACUUGGAUGUGACUGGUUAUAUUGGGCAUAACUAUACUCCUUGUGAAGCUGCUCUUCCUGUCACCAGUAAAAAGUUUCUUAUGUUUCCGGAAAGAACACAUGGCAAUAUGUUGUCUGUGAAUUGCUUAGGUAGUGGAGAUUCUGGACUUUCUAGUCAGACUCACAAUUCUCCCUCAUUCAGGCCGAAUUAUGAAAGUAACAAGAAAAGCAGUGAUCCUGAAACGCCUUCAAAAUUAAUUGAUAAAAGUCUUGGUGGGUUGUGUUAUGAGCCACUUCAGGAGGAGGAUUUGAACAUUUUUGUGAAGACUGGUGAAUUUUUGAGUACAGAUAGCUAUAUUCGGUUACCAUUAACUCCGACUUCCUUUUGUACUCCGAAGACAAAUGAGAAGCAUAAGUCUACUGAUUAUAGCAGCCCAGAAUCAAUAUUGAGGAGUGCAGCGAUGAGUUUUAAGAACAUGCCAUCCAUUCUAAGAAAACGGGGCCUUAGAAAUUCCAAUCAAGCCAGCAUUACGAGUUGCAGCGAUUGCACAACAGAAGAAAAUGCUGAUACUACUAUCAACGGUUCAGUUCUUCCAAAUGCGAAGCAGCCUUUUUUCUCUCCCCCAAAGGCUCAGAAGCUUGAAAACUCAGCUGCAAUAAGAUCUGUAGAAAAACGCCUUGAAUAUGCAUUUGAUAAUGUAUCUGAUUCUGCCAAUUGUACAGUGAAUGUAUCGGUUGAAGCUGAUGCUUCUGGCAAAAAUCAAGACUCAGAUGUCUCGGUUACUUGUUUGGGAGACUGAAUUUAUGCUGCUUGACUCUGCAGAGAAUUUUGACUCCGAUUUGAUUUUGGUAAAUUUAUUACAUUUCAUACAUGUACAUAGGGUAUAUAUCAAGGUAGCAUGGAUUGCUGACUCCCAAAAAUUUGAUUGAGGCUUCCACGAUGAAGAGGGUAUGUGGGUAACAUAUUUGGUUGAAUAUCAACCAUUCAUGAUUAUAGAGAAAUUAUAUGGUAGAUGAAAAUCGAUGCUCAGGACAUUAAUACAUUGAUAUUUUAAUUUUCUCUAUAUAAUUUUUUUAGUUUUUUAGUGUUUUUGAUGCUAGAUACUACUUCGCUUCCACAUGGUUUGUUUGGGUGAGUUCAU